GUGAGUUAUCAGCAAAACUCUUCGUAGGUAGAAACUAGAAAGUAAAAACUUCUAGUUUCUACACCCACUCACUUUUUGAAGCAAUUAAACCGCUAAUCUUUUUAUUGCUUACUCCAUACUAGUAUUCAUGUUUUCCGCAGGAUGUUUGUGUAUAGAUGCCCUAAUUUGGAUCAGUGAGAUGCUUAUUAAGAUAAUUAAGCUACUUUGAAGCGUUUGCUAAACAUAUGCGAGUAUGCUUAUGGAGGAAGUUACUAGCAGCAGUAUGCUUAACACACCACUGAGCAAGUGAGCAGUUGGAUAAAACGCUACUUUUUGAAUCACUGAGAUGUGCCUGUAUAUUUGGAAGGGGAGAGAGUGAAAUGAAAUAGCAGGAGACACCAUUUCAAACCUCGGUAGAAUUGGAGUAGAUUUUCCGAUCGAAAUGCAGCCAUCCCUGCAAUCCUUGCCCGAUGAACUCAAAAUUGAGAUCCUGAAGAGAUUACCGGCAAAAUCACUGAUUUGCUUAAGUGCUGUGAGUAAACCAUGGCUCUCUAUCCUCACCAGUUCUGAAUUCAUCUCUGCCCACCUGUCUGAAGGGGCUUCCAAGCAGUUCUUCUUUGCAACUACAGCCAAUAGGAACAGCUGUUUCGCUUUAAUCAAAGAUGCAGACAAAGUCGAUGGUGAUCUCACGGUGCAAAUCGGACCAAUCAUCAGGCCUGAUCAGCAUUUCGGAAAUAGGUUUUCAAUUAUGUUCCAUCCUUUCAAUGUGACAGAGUUUGAAAUUGUGGGCAGCUUUGAUGGGUUACUUUGCUUGACCUUUACCCAAAACAAUUCUCACCGGACAAUUAUACUAUGGAACCCUUCUAUUCGAAGACAUGUGUUGUUACCACCUCCCUCCAUUCACACUCCAAGUAAAGGUUGUAAUGCAAUUGGAUUUUGUGUUACCUGCGAUGGUGAUUAUAGGGUUGUCUGGGUCCAUGAAAAGAAUGAAGAUAGUGCUAUGUUUGUUGAAAUUUACUCCCUAAAUUCGGGAAAAUGGAGGAUUAGAAGUUUCACUCAUGAUUUGUUUCCUAAGAGAUGGUUGUUUGGUGGUCAGGCUUUUGUAGGAGGUAAGGUGCACUGGAUUGGACGUGAAUUUGAAUAUGAAGUUGAUGAAAUAUACGAUGCUCGUGAUAUUUCUUCAGUCACUUCAUUUAACAUAGACGAAGAGAUAUUGAGAGACGUACCACUCCCAAAUGUAUUAAAAGGGUUUGACUGUCCUGCAAGAUUAUUUAUUGCUGUGGUUGGGGAAUCACUGGGUAUAAUAGAUUGUGAAGAAGGGUUUUAUGACAUUUGGGUGAUGCAAGAUUAUGGAAAUGUCGACUCUUGGUCUAGGCUAUAUGUCAUUCAUAUUCAAGAUUGUCGUAAAAGGCUACCCUUAAUAGUUGCAUUAAACACUUGGAAGAAUUCAGGAAUUUCUGCAGGCGCACACCAAUGGUUCUCAUUCAUGGAUUCUGAGCCUUUUUCGGUUUACGGGGAAUACGGUGAUGAUACAUAUGAGUAUGUUGCUAAGUAUGUGGAAAGCCUUGUCUUGCUCGGACACAAAGAUGCUGUUGCGGAUGUGCAUUUGCUUCAAGCGAUUGCAGUUACCUGGCGCAUGGCGGAGGAUAAUGUAGGUGAUGAUGGAUAAGAUAUCUAGGUAAGUUAAAGCUUUUUCAGGACUUUCUGGAGGCAAAUGCAGUAUUAAAAUGUAAUUGAACCAGGGAUGAUACUGACAUGAUGUAGUUUUCAAAGCUGCUUCCUUUGGAUUUCAAAGUUGUUUGCUCUGGAUUCCCAAAUCCCAAGCUGUUUUCUUCAUUCUAGUUGCCAGAACCUGUUUUAUUUGUUUUUUGCAAAAAUGGGGAACAGUGUACUUCUACCAGAUAAUUGGUGAUAUCAGGAGAUUCCGCCAAUUUUUAUGUAUUGAAGCUACUUGAAGUUCCAAUUAAUAGUACUUUAAAAAGCUGUAUUUUUUUUGAAAAUGACAUCAAAAUGAUUGAAAUGCAAAUUUUCUAUUGUUGAAAUAUCAAUGUUUUGUUAAGGAUUGG